UUGGGGUUAUCCCAGGCUCGCGGGUGGGGGUGGGGGGACUCCUCCCUUUACUUCCCUCCACCCCCUUGCACACCCACCCCCAGGCUUCCCGUGUCCCUUGUUCUCCCUCUCUCCGGGUUAGAGAUAGGUGGGUGGCUUUGAGUGGGCGGAGGACUUCAGGGUUUUAGGGGCUCCCCCAUUCUAGGUCAUGCCUCUUGCUCUCUUCCUUGGCCUGUGUUGAGUGAGGUGUGUUCCUGUGGUGGACGAAAGUCUGUACGAUGGUUGGUGGCAUUGGUCCUUAAUCCUUUGGGUCUGUUUUAAGAUUAAUUAAAAGAAGAAUGAACUAUAAUCCUUGAAGAUAACUGGGCAAUUUUUUAAGUCGGAGGCUGUUCUUACUGGUGUGAGGAUUUACACACGUCUUCAGUUUUCAGCACAGACCAGCAGACCAUCAUUUUUAGAGGAAAUACUCCCUCUGCCCUCCUUUUUGGUUUCCUUGGUGGUAAAGAUUAAAUUUGGUUGCAUCGUUUUGACUUGUGUUUGAGUCUAGAUUUUAUGGCACAAGGAAUGGCGUAAACUUUUAAUGUGUUUUGCUUAAAACAAACCAGACCAUUGCAUUGACCCUGGACAUCUUUAAUUGAGAAAUUGGUAACUUUAUUUUAAUAUGUAUAUCUGAAGAAUUCAAGAAAACAAAGGCAUUCUCAGAGGUGUGCCGCUUUUCUUUAUUAUUAGAGGCAAAACGAACAAUUUUAUAGGAUUUGUAGUGAAAUUAUACCAGAUUAUAAGGAGAACCAAAACUAAGUCGCAAAAUUUAUUAAUUUGAGGGGAUCUCGCUUUGUAAAGUUUGAGAGUAAGUUACGGUAAGCAUUUGUAUCCGUUCAUUACUUUCCUCUUUUCAAAUAAGCAACUAAAUAGAAAUGCUAAUCUCAGACUUAAUUAUUUAACAGAAGAGUGUAGCAUGGAAAACCUCCAGACAAAUUUCUCCUUGGUUCAGGGCUCAACUAAAAAACUGAAUGGGAUGGGAGAUGAUGGCAGCCCCCCAGCGAAAAAAAUGAUAACAGACAUUCAUGCAAAUGGAAAAACGAUAAACAAGGUGCCAACAGUUAAGAAGGAACACUUGGAUGACUAUGGAGAAGCACCAGUGGAAACUGAUGGAGAGCAUGUCAAGCGAACCUGUACUUCUGUUCCUGAAACUUUGCAUUUAAAUCCCAGUUUGAAACACACAUUGGCGCAAUUCCAUUUAAGUAGUCAGAGCUCGCUGGGUGGACCAGCAGCAUUUUCUGCUCGGCAUUCCCAAGAAAGCAUGUCGCCUACUGUAUUUCUGCCUCUUCCAUCACCUCAGGUUCUUCCUGGCCCAUUGCUCAUCCCUUCAGAUAGCUCCACAGAACUCACUCAAACUGUGUUGGAAGGGGAAUCUAUUUCUUGUUUUCAAGUUGGAGGAGAAAAGAGACUCUGUUUGCCCCAAGUCUUAAAUUCUGUUCUCCGAGAAUUUACACUCCAGCAAAUAAAUGCAGUGUGUGAUGAAUUGUACAUAUAUUGUUCAAGGUGUACUUCAGACCAGCUUCAUAUCUUAAAGGUACUGGGCAUACUUCCAUUCAAUGCCCCAUCCUGUGGGCUGAUUACAUUAACUGAUGCACAAAGAUUAUGUAAUGCUUUAUUGCGGCCACGAACUUUUCCUCAAAAUGGUAGCGUACUUCCUGCUAAAAACUCAUUGGCCCAGUUAAAGGAAACUGGCAGUGCCUUUGAAGUGGAACAUGAAUGCCUAGGCAAAUGUCAGGGUCUAUUUGCACCCCAGUUUUAUGUUCAGCCUGAUGCUCCAUGUAUUCAAUGUCUGGAGUGUUGUGGAAUGUUUGCACCCCAGACGUUUGUGAUGCAUUCUCACAGAUCACCUGACAAAAGAACUUGCCACUGGGGCUUUGAAUCAGCUAAAUGGCAUUGCUAUCUUCAUGUGAACCAAAAAUACUUAGGAACACCUGAAGAAAAGAAACUGAAGAUAAUUUUAGAAGAAAUGAAGGAGAAGUUUAGCAUGAGAAGUGGAAAGAGAAAUCAAUCCAAGGCAAAUGCACCAUCAGGAAUGGAAUUACAGUCAUGGUAUCCUGUUAUAAAGCAGGAAGGUGACCAUGUUUCUCAGACACAUUCAUUUUUACACCCCAGCUACUACUUAUACAUGUGUGAUAAAGUGGUUGCCCCAAAUGUGUCGCUUACUUCUGCUGUAUCCCAGUCUAAAGAGCUCACAAAGACAGAGGCAAGUAAGUCCAUAUCAAGACAGUCAGAGAAGGCUCACAGUAGUGGUAAACUUCAAAAAACAGUGUCUUAUCCAGAUGUCUCACUUGAGGAACAGGAGAAAAUGGAUUUAAAAACAAGUAGAGAAUUAUGUAGCCGUUUAGAUGCAUCAAUCUCAAAUAAUUCUACAAGUAAAAGGAAAUCUGAGUCUGCCACUUGCAACUUAGUCAGAGACAUAAACAAAGUGGGAAUUGGCCUUGUUGCUGCCGCUUCAUCUCCGCUUCUUGUGAAAGAUGUCAUUUGUGAGGAUGAUAAGGGAAAAAUCAUGGAAGAAGUAAUGAGAACUUAUUUAAAACAACAGGAAAAACUAAACUUGAUUUUGCAAAAGAAGCAACAACUUCAGAUGGAAGUAAAAAUGUUGAGUAGUUCAAAAUCUAUGAAGGAACUCACUGAAGAACAGCAGAAUUUACAGAAAGAGCUUGAAUCUUUGCAGAAUGAACAUGCUCAAAGAAUGGAAGAAUUUUAUGUUGAACAGAAAGACUUAGAGAAAAAAUUGGAGCAGAUAAUGAAGCAAAAAUGUACCUGUGACUCAAAUUUAGAAAAAGACAAAGAGGCUGAAUAUGCAGGACAGUUGGCAGAACUGAGGCAGAGAUUGGACCAUGCUGAGGCCGAUAGGCAAGAACUCCAGGAUGAACUCAGACAGGAACGGGAAGCAAGACAGAAGUUAGAGAUGAUGAUAAAAGAGCUAAAGCUGCAAAUUCUGAAAUCAUCAAAGACUGCUAAAGAAUAGAAACUGUUAGAUUCAUCUGUGUAUUACUGACAAGGUUUUUUUUGUUUGUUUGUUUGUUUGUUGCUUGCUUUGGUAAUUGAAUUCUGAAGAAUUUAUCUGCAUGACGAUAACUAGGCAUUCUAUCCAUUUGUAGAUCAGAGAAAGUGAAGAGAUUAUAUAUUAGUACUUAAAUUUUUACAUUUUCCAAAUGAAUGAAAAUGUAUGUUUCUUUGUACUUUUUUAAAAAAAUCAGCUUAGUAACAAUACUAUAUGGUUUCAACUAGUAGGUAAUCUGCUUAUAUUUCUAAUGCAAAAAUUAACAAUUGUGUACUUUUUAAAAGCUGCAAUAUGUGAUGGAAAAUAGCUGUGGUCAGUUUUGUUAUCCAUAUUUCAGACUCAAUUUUAGAUACAAUGGUGGCUUUAUAUUUUAAGUAUAUAGAGCUACUCAAGGAGUUGAAUCUCCCCUUUUCUCAUUAACACAAUUUUUCUAAGUUGAUAUAGUGUACUCAUUAACAUACACCAAAUUUACUUUUACUUUGUUCAGAUUGUGGAAUGAAUUUCCACCAGUUCUCUUCUUCUUAAUGUGUACCCUAGGAGGAAUUUUACUGAGGUUAUAGCAUACCCCAUGAGCACAGUGGGGAAGAAGAAUGUGUUGUUAUGCGCUGCUGCUAAACAGAAGCAGCAGUUGUAAUUUGUUAUUCAGUUUAAAUGUGGUUAUAGUUAGAUUUUUUUUUAAGCAGCAACUUUUCAAAAAUAAAAUGUGAUAAUUUCUGAACUUUUGUUCAUGUUGUUAAUAGUGGUGUGAAAAUAUUAAUGUUCUUGAGAAAAACUGAUACCACUGUUGUGUAUCAGUUUCUAUACAAUCCAUAAUCCUCCUGUACAGUUUUUACAUGUAGUUAUGAGUCUUACUAAAAUUUAUAUAAUGGACUUGUUUUCCUUUAAGUUGUAAAAUGUUAAACACCUUGAAGGUUAUUUUGGACUUCUGUAUGUUUAAAUGUUGUCUUACCAAAAUUUGCACGAAUGGACCAUUUUCAUUUACUACUUAAUAUCAAAAUCAGGAAUUUACAGUCAACUGAUAGUACAUGAUAGGUGCAUAUAGGACAGUUUAGUUACCUGCUACUAAAAGAUUUUUAGAUAAGUUUUAGAAGGUAAAGGAAUUCCAUAGUUUCGGGAGGGACAACAUCUUCUGCACUUUUUUUUUGCACAGAAAAGUCUGUCAUUCUCUAAUGGCAAAUUUCAUAUUUGUUAAUUCUUGGCUCAAAAUACAUUAGGUAAAAUUCUUAGAUCUGUUUUUAAAGGAAGUUUCCUGAAACUAUCAUUAAUUGACAUUAUUACCCCAUGGAUUUUAUGGGAUAAUAAAUGUUCUUCAUGUUCUCUUAUAAGAUACUAUGUAUGAAAUUACUUCAGAGAGCUAUAUUUAUUUUAAAAUAAAUUAGCUAGGGUUAAGGUUAUAUUCUAUUUCCAGCAUAGAAGGUAGAUAAUCUAAUGGUGUAGAAAGAAUCACUAGGUUGUCAUUUAACCAGUUAUUUUCAUAUUUUGCUUAAUAGUACAUAUCCAAAAAGAAUUUUGUACUUCCCCAAAUGUAAUUUAUUUACUAAAUUGAGUAUAACCUAAAUGUGUGUUUUCUAUUUUCCAUUUAAAUUUUGCUAUAUUAAGACUAAUUUAAUUUGUUGAGUCUUGGAAUCUUCUCAAGGAGGAACAAAUAUUAAAAUGACAUGUAGAAACAAUUUUUUUUUUUUUUUUUUUGAGACAGAGUCUCGCUGUCUCCCAGGCUGGAGUUCAGUGGCGCAAUCUCGGCUCACUGCAAGCUCUGCCUCCUGGGUACACGCCAUUCUCCUGCCUCAGCCUCCCGAGUAGCUGGGACUACAGGCACCCGCCACCACUCCCGGCUAAUUUUUAGAAACAAAUAUUUAAAGUGACAUAUUCUCCCAAUACAAUCUAUUUAGAUCUGGAGAAGGAAAAAUCAGAUAUUUAUGAUAUAGUUUUAUUUUAAUUUUGAAUUAUUUGUGUCACAGCUCAGCUUUUUGGAAGACAAACUCAAACACCUAUAAUUUCAUUUAUAUUUCUAAUUUACUUGGAACCUUUCUGCUUUAUGUUACCUAGAAAAUGAUAAUUUGUUUAACCCAAAACUUCUAAAAUAAAUUGCUUAAUCUUUGAAAUAUGUUAUUGGAAAAUUUUAAGCAGUGCUUAAAGACCAUUAAAUUAUUAUGAACUUGUAAUUCAGAAUUGAGUAAAGAAAUAUUUUUUCUAGUCCUUCAUAUAUUGAAAACUUGCCACAUGACAUUGUAUCGUCUUCAUUUUCCAGAAGAUGCGUUGGUGUGCCAUAGGUUUCUGUCUAACUUCCUUGAAAAUAGUUUUUUAAGUCAAUUGUAAAUAUACGUAUUAUUGUUAAAAGUAACUUUAAACUGCACCACAUAGCUUGAAAACAAUAUAGAGAUUUUGUAAUACCUUAUAAGUGGAGUUGGCUAAAAUAUCUUAUCCAUAUAAAACUUAUCCUAUUCUUUGCAUGCUUAUUUUGUGUGUUGGUUGCUAGCUUAAAGUUUGAUUUGUUGUUACUUUUUGUGUGCCAAAUUCACUAGGCAAGCAGAUUUUUCCUCAGACUUCAAAAAAUAAUUCUUUUUAGAAAAAAUGUAAAAAUGUUUACUUUAAAAAGCUGCAUUAAAGGGACAACCUAUAAAAAGUUUUGCUAGCUCAUCUUUAGAAGGAAGAAAGAAUAUUAGCUUGGGUGAUGUUUAAUUUGGGUGGUGAUAGUUUCUGUAGGCUAAACUUUAUGAGAAAAGUGUACCUACUCUAUAAAGGUAAUAAAUGUAAAACCUCUUGCUGUUACUGAGGAAGCUCUUCAACUACCCUAAAUUUCACAAAUGUAACUUAUAACACUAUGAAAAGAUCUGACCAACAAUUUACGUUUGCUGUGUGCUUUAGUUUUUGUUUAAGCAUAUUCUUUUGCUUGAAUUUCUGUGUUCAUGAGAGUUAGGGUGUUUUAUGCUUCUUGAACUAAUUUUAUAACAUAUUUAAUAUAUUACCAGUUAAGAUAUAAAAUCAUUUGUACAUAGCGAAUUGUAAAGCAGCUAUUAAAGUAGGUGAAAUAAAGUAUAUAUUUGCUGGUUAUCCAUAUCUUUUAGAAGUCCUGACAGAACAACCAGUUUAUUUGCACAUAGGUAGCUUCUGUUUGAAGGAAGGUAAAGUUAUAAGGAAACUCAAGUACUAUAAGAUGUGUCAACGUAUUUCUCCAGAAUUAAUUGCAAAGCUAGUGCUGAAGGAUUUUAAUCAGCUUCUAAAAUUUUCUUCUCAAUAAGACAUAUGUUUUGAUUACUUAGGGAAGAUUCCUCAUUUUUAUUUGCCCUUUAUGCAUUUAAUCCACAUGAUAGGACAUUAAAAAUUAAUAUAAAGAAAAAUCGUGCUCAUACUGUACAUCUAUUUCUGUGCUUGGAACUACUUGUUAAUAGUUUUUAUCGAAGCUGUCAGCAAUAAGGGACAUAAAACUGCUGUAUUAUACAUUGUGGAAUUGAAUAAACAGCCUAAUUUUUUUUUUUUCUAGUAUAGGGUACUUAAGCAUUUCCACCUUUGGAAGAAAAGCGUAUUAGUAUUUUAUAUUGCAUUUCAUUUAAAAGGACAGUUUUUUUUUUUUUGUAAAUCCUUUCAUUGAAAUGGUUUCUAAACUAUAUAAUGUAAUUUGGAGCCUAUUUAGUAAUAGAAUUAAAUGUCCUAUGUAGUGCUACAAUUUUUGAAUUAGAAAGUGAUCAAAUGUAAAAAAAAAAUUUAAAAAUUAAGCCCAGAAAACAAAAUAGUGUAUUACAUUAGUUUAAUGUAAAAGGAAUUUAUAAGAUUUUUUUCCUCAAUAUAGAUACCUCACUUGAAAAGAAAGCACAGCAUACUUAAAGUAGUUCUAGUAAACAUGUCCUAGAAAACAGUUGCUAAAUGUAGGACAUCUUUUGAGGAAUUAGUUUAUGAGAAAUAAAAUUUUACUUGUUUUUACUAUCCUGUUAGAAGUAUUUGUUUAUCCUGAUAAUUUUAAGCCAACAUAGUAGUCUUAAAUUACUUUUGAAUUUCUAAUCUGUGAAGGCAGUAAAUGAAAUAUCUGUUCUGCAGCUGUUGAAACAAAUAAUUGGCUACAUUGACCAUAAUUAAAUUUAAAAUUUUGCCAAUGAUGUACAGUUUUAUAGUUAAAGUUGCUGUGGUUGGUUGCAUUACAUGACACAGAAAACUGUCCUCUACCUCACGUGAAAUAAAUAUUUUAUAUGGUUUUACUAAAAAUAAGACUCAUGUAUCUGGUCACCUAGUUUACAAAUUUUGAAUUAUAUUUAUUGAAACAUGACAUACUGUGCUCUGAGCUUAUACCUCAAUUGUAUUUUGUGCUGUUUUCCAUUUUCAUGCCUUGUAAAUAACUUGUAUAGAUUGUGGAUCAAAUACUAAAUAAAAACUUUUAAUGCCAAUUAAA